UACAUUUUGUCGCUCAACAAAAAAAAUCCGCCCACGUGACCUUGAUGCGGAAGUAAGAAGACUUGUUUUGAUUGAUCGAAAAACACGUUUCUUUCAUUGGUUUCUUGUAAUCUCGCAUUGGAAAUUGGCUUGGCGUGGAAUUGGGUCCAGCGUGGAUGAAAGGAUGCACAUUUGAUGACUGAACUGCGCCUCACCCAAACAAUGAAUCAAGAUUCCUGGCUGAGCUGUGAGAAGACUGCCAUUCUCCAGGGAGGCUUUCUGUUGGCCAACAGAUUGUGCCAGCCAGCAUCACUCAGUGCCCUGCAGAAGGAGGACUGGAGUAAGGUUGGCCACCCAAUUCUACAGGCUGUCAGAGAAAUAUGUGGGCAGGAGCGAGGUAGAUGUCUGAGCAGUGUUCACUGGAAGAAGAAAAUCAUCUGCAUCUUAUGGAGCAAAUUACUGGGGCGGGAGAGCGAAGAGGACAUAGAAAUCGGCUGGAGGGAGAAUCCAUUCUUCUCUCUGCAGAACAGUCUACCUGACAUUAACCGAACAGUGAUGUUUGAGCUGGUCAAGUUGAAAGGCUUCUCUCAGAUCUACGCCCAGCUGCUUUUGUGUCUGCCGUCGUCCCACCUGAGUUCUGAGCUAGAGAAGCUAGUUCAACACAUCACCCGUAACAGCACUGAGGAGGACGUCCGCGUCCUGCUGGAGGUGUGGUGGGAGCUCUGGAAGGGCAGGGAGGGAAGGCGAGAGGACGAUCUAGAUACGGUCUUUACUAACCAGUGGACCCGCCUCCCCAACACCACUGGCCUCUCGCCUCAUGCUGCCAAGAGAUUCAAGUCAAACCCAGAUACCCCAACAUCAACACCAUUCACCAAUGAUGUGCUGUCCAUUCUUUUUCAUGCUCUGGAGGAGCUGAAAGAGCAUCUGAGCACCUCUGACCUUUGCUACCGUGCCCUAUCCAACUGCCUCGACUCCCUGUACACCUCACAUCUGAUAGACCAAGCUAUCAUCCUCCCAGCUGAGGUGCAACUUCAGAGCCUGAACAGUACGGUGACUGUCAGAAAGAGGCAUGCUGGGAUAGAGAAGUUUGAUCUGGUCCAGGUGAUAAGCGAGGCCCACAGUGACCUGAAGGCAGCCCACACACCCUCCCAGUUUAAACCCUGUGGAAUGACACUAAUGCAAGCCCUGCAGACUGUCUCACAGCUCACUCAGGCCUGGGAGAAGAGAGGGCUGCUGGAGAUGACAGACAGCUGUGACCCCAGUGUCUUGGCACGCCGUCUGAAAAGCUGUCUGGCCAGAGUGCUCGAGUCCCUAGAGGAACUUUCCAUGUCUGAGACCAUGGAUGAGGGUGAGCGCCAGACACUGAACAAUGUGCAAAGCACUUUUAGAGGCUUGUUAGUCUCACUGUCCUUCCCCGACACAGAGAGCAAUGCUGGGGAAAUGGCCCACAUUGCCGUAGCCAUCAUUAACCACCGCUUGGACGGCUUCCAAGAUUUCACUACGCUAUUUGCAACUGAACUGAGCUGGUCCCUGAGUGUGGAGGAGUGGAUCAGCUGUCUGGAGAGAAACAAAAACGCAUUCCAGCGAAAGGACAUUGUCAUGAAAUUAGUAUCCACUCUCAUUGCAAAGUGCCAAAUAGAUACUGAAGAAGUAGAGCACUGCAGAAAGCUGAAGGACAUUAUUGUGAACAUUUUCGCAGAGCUCCCCUUAGCUGAGAAAAACACAACAUUAGCGGAAAUGCUAACCUGCUCCAAGAAGGGUCUCCAGGGCUCUCUGCCCCAUGCUGUGACGGAGGGCUUUAGUGAGGAGCUCAACAUGGCGUUCAACUGCAUCAUCCAGGGUGGAUCGGCGCAGAACAACCUCAGCUUGGCCGUGGCCGCCAUAGCCCGCGUGGCCUUUCAGAACCCCGAGGCCACCCUGCGUCGGUGCUGCCAUCUAGCGGUGGUGAACCAUGGGGCCCACAGCCUCCUCUCCAAGAUACUCCAGCAGCUCCCAGGGCUGAGGGGAGGUGCCCCCGGUUGCACAGAGGGGACGGGCAGUUCUGCGGGGAGCUUACUGUGCAGCUGUCUUCAAGAUACUGCCAUGACUAAACUGUCCUCGGCUAAGGAGGAGGACCAGUUCCUGCACUUCCUGGUUGCACUGAUGCAGCCGAGCAUUUCCGAGAGCGGACAGAGUUUCCUGCACCCUGAAGAGGUUGUGUGUGCCUUCGUCCUGCCUCACCUCUCCCCCUCUGGCUCUAGCACCUGCAGCCUGGAGCUGUGCCUGCGUUUGCUCCACUCUGCAUUUUCUCUGGAUUUCCAGGAUGCAUCUCCACACUGGGUCAUGAACUGCUCCCCGUUCCCCCUCCUCUGCGUCCUCUGCCAGCUCCUGAACGAGGGCUGCGGGUGCUGGGAUCUUCCUGCAGAGGGCGCACCACAUCACUUAUCCAUGGAGUCCAAGGUGCUGCUCGUCACUGUGCUGACUGCAUUGGGCAAGGUGGUGGGACGGGAGGUGGCCUCAGCCCCCAACACCUGGUCCAGAGCCCUUUUCUGGCUCUACAAUAAGGUGGAGGCCCUGGACUGGACUGUUCGCUUCCACCUGAAGGUAGUGUGGGGGGAUCACUUCAAAAACGAGGUGCCGUCCUCACUGUUGGCUGUGUGCGAGCUGCCGGAGCAGGAAUGGUCUGGCCUAAAGUUGGCCCAGUAUGGGCAGGGCACAGGGCUGCUGGCGUGGAUGGAGUGCUGCGCUCUCUCUGACGAGGUUCAGGACACCAUGCUGACCUCUCUGGCUCUGGACCAGCAUCGGCCCGACGACGUCAACAUGUUCAGCAAAGGCCUGCUGGUGGCUGUGACACAGACCCUACCCUGGUGCACCGUCGCCGAGUGGGGCAGGCUGCUGAGAGCCAUGCGAGAGCUGCUCCGCUCAGGUCGUCUCCACGUGCCUUACUCUCUGGAGUACGUGGACUUUCUCCCCCUGCUGGACCUGCGGCCGUUCUCCUGCGAGCUGCGUCUGUCCGUGCUACUGCUGCGUGUCCUCCAGCUGCUCUGCGGCUCCAGCUGCAAAGACUGGCUUCCCGGCCAGGGCUGGGCCCACGUGGGGCUGCUGUACGCCAGCGCCAUGAGAGAGAUCAUAGACUCCCUGAGGGGAAAGCUUUCGCCGUCUUCCUCCAACAAAGACCCAAAAGAAGAGAGGGCAGCUACCACCACCGCCAGCCAGGAGGUGCUAUUUGUACUGAGCCAGCUCUUCUGCCAUGUGCAGCACAUUCAAGUGAUGAUGCCAGGCGGUCAGUGUGAGUCCCUGUUCCUGUGUGCACUGGAGAUCCUGACCCACUACGAGGCAGUACUGGCCGCACACCCCAGCUGCUGCUCCCACCUGGAGACCAGGAACACUCGCCACUUCUUCACCACCAUCACAGACAACCUGGACAGCGCCGAGAUGAAGGCUGUGUUGCAUCAGAAAAUUGCUCAGCUGUCGUCUUCAGGUUGAUGCACUUAAGACAGUGCUCGAAUGAGGGUUUAUUGUUCCCAGCCUCAAAUAAAAUGUUCUGACCCAAAAUGUACUUUUGAAUAAAACUGACAAAUUGCAUGUC